AUUCUAUUGUAAGAUUAUGAAGUGAUUACUGGCUAGAAUUAGCAAGGGGAUAGAUAGUAAAUAUUCGAAGCAUGUGAUUAAGACAACAUUCAAAUUAAGACAAGAUAACAAGUUAUUUAUGGAUAAGAAACUGAAACAUAGACAUACUACAUUUUUACACUACAACACAAUUCACUUGAUUCAUCCUUAAACCCUGACAUCACAUGCUCCAAUGGCAUCUUUUGCUAAACCCUCUCAAUUCCAUCAUCCUCAAAGACGCCACCACCCCAUUAUUCCAACCACCUUCAUCAACACAAAGCUCAAAACUUUCACUUUCACUUCCACCAAAACCCUUAAACACUUUUGCAUCUCAAAUUCAUCCACCAACACAACCACUUCCUCAAUUAGUAGCAACAACCCAAAUUCUCAUAUUUGUCAACUAUGUCUUAUUUGGAACUUAGAUAGUGCUAUGAGUUACUUAGAAACUAUGCAUGAGCUUAAAGUUUCAGUUGAAGAAGAUUCAUAUAUUGCUUUGGUACGUUUAUGUGAGUGGAAAAGAGAUAGAAAACAUGGUUCUAAGGUUUAUUCUUAUAUUAGGAAAUCUUUUAUGAUGACCCAUUUGAGUCUUAAGCUUGGAAAUGCACUUAUGAGUAUGUUUGUUAGGUUUGGGAAUUUGGUUGAUGCUUGGUAUGUGUUUGCUAAAAUGCCUGAGAGGAAUUUGUUUACUUGGAAUGUUUUGGUUGGUGGUUAUGCUAAAGGUGGAUUUUUUUAUAAGGCUUUGAAUCUUUAUGAUAGGAUGUUGUGGGUUGGUUUUAGGCCUGAUAUGUAUACUUUUCCUUGUGUUUUGAGGACUUGUGGUGGUGUUCCUGAUUUGGUUAAGGGGAAAGAGAUUCAUGUUCAUGUUUUGAGAUUUGGGUUUGAGUCGGAUAUUGAUGUUGUUAAUUCAUUGAUAACUAUGUAUGUGAAAUGUGGUGAUAUUCAUGCUGCUAGGUUGGUGUUUGAUAAAAUGCCUAAAAAAGAUAGGAUUUCGUGGAAUGCGAUGAUUUCUGGGUGUUUUGAAAAUGGAGAGUGUUUGGAGGGGUUGAGAUUGUUUUGUAGGAUGAUUGAGCUUCCGAUUGAGCCGGAUUUGAUUACUAUGACAAGUGUGAUUACUGCAUGUGAGCUUAUAGGUGAUGAGAGAUUGGGGAGAGAGAUUCACGGUUAUGUUAUCAGAACCGAGUUCUCAAGAGAACCUUCGGUUCAUAAUUCAUUGAUACAGAUGUACUCAUCUGUCGGACUUGUUGAGGAAGCUGAAGAAGUCUUUUCUCGAACAGAAUGUAGAGAUGUUGUAUCGUGGACUGCAAUGAUAUCAGGUUAUGAGAAAAACUUGAUACAUCAGAAGGCUCUCGAGACGUAUAAAAUGAUGGAAGCAGAUGGUAUCGUUCCAGAUGAAGUCACCAUUGCGGUUGUACUUUCUGCUUGUUCUUGUUUGUGCGAUUUAGAUAUGGGGACAAACCUUCAUGAGGUGGCCAAGAAGACGGGGCUCAUUUUUUAUACUAAAGUUGCAAACGCACUAAUUGACAUGUAUGCCAAGUGUAAAUGCAUUGACAAAGCUUUAGAAGUUUUCCACUCAAUUUGCUUCAAGGAUAUUAUAUCUUGGACAUCUAUCAUCCUUGGCCUCAAGAUCAACAACCGAUGUUUUGACGCUUUGUUUUUCUUUAAGGAGAUGAUGCGCACACAAAAGCCGAACUCGGUUAGUUUAGUUUGUGUCCUAUCCGCAUGUGCUAGCAUAGGAGCUUUGACAUGUGGAAAAGAGAUCCAUGCUCAUGCAUUGAGAACUGGAGUAAGUUACAACGGUUUUGUGCCUAAUGCAAUCUUGGACAUGUAUGUAAGGUGUGGAAGAAUGAAAUAUGCAUGGAAACAAUUUUUCUCGUGUGAUCAAAAUGUUUCCACAUGGAACAUUUUGCUUACAGGAUACGCUGAGCAAGGGAAAGGAACACUUGCUACUGAGCUUUUUCAAAGAAUGGUAGGGUCAAAUGUCAUUCCUGAUGAAAUUACAUUUCUAUCUAUAUUAUGUGCUUGCAGCAGAUCUGGUAUGGUAGCUGAAGGCUUGGAAUAUUUCAACAGCAUGAAAUAUAGGUACUCUAUUAAACCUAAUCUGAAACACUACGCUUGUGUGGUUGAUUUAUUGGGCCGCGCUGGAAACUUGGAUGGCGCUUAUGAAUUCAUACAGAAAAUGCCAAUGAAACCAGACCAUGGAGUUUGGGGAGCCUUAUUAAAUGCAUGCAGGAUCCACCGCCGUGUUGAACUUGGAGAACUUGCUGCCAGAAAAAUCUUUCAAGAUGGUACAGCAGGAGCUGGCUAUUACUUUCUUUUGUCAAAUCUAUACGCUGACAACAACAUAUGGGACAAAGUUGCAGAAGUCAGACAAAUGAUGCGACAGAACAGUAUAAUAGUAGAUCCUGGAUGCAGCUGGGUGGAAAACAAGGGCACAGUGCACGCUUUUCUCAGUGGUGAUAACUUUCAUCCUCAAAUUAAGGAAAUAAAUGCACUUUUGGAGAGAUUUUAUGAGAAAAUGAAGGAAGCUGGUAUUCAAGGAUCAGAAAGUGAGACUCCUAUAGAUAUAAUCAAUGCUUCUAAGGCCGAUAUAUUUUGUGGACACAGUGAGAGAUUGGCCGUUGCAUUUGGACUUAUUAAUUCAGCUCCUGGAAUGCCUGUUUCGGUAACUAAGAAUCUGUAUAUGUGUCAAAGUUGUCAUAACACUGUCAAAUUUAUCUCGAAGGAGGUACGUAGAGAGAUUUCUGUCAGAGAGGCUGAGCGGUUUCACCAUUUCAAGGGAGGCAUAUGCUCUUGCAUGGAUGAAGGUUAUUAGUUUCAUCUUGAUUAGAAGGAAAAUUGUAGGAUAUGUAGCAUCAUAUUGAAAAUUUGGGAGUGUAAGUUAUUACAAGUUUCAAAUGUUGUAUUAUAUCAGUGAUUUGACGGGCCUAGGAAAUAUUGAUCAGCCCUAUGUAUAACAAUAUUUACAGAGAAAUGAAAACUAAAAAUGGUUAUGUAUGUUGCA